AGGGCGGAGCCCGCAGAGGAAGCUCGCGGAGAGCCAGGCCGCCGCGAUGCCGCUCGCCGCGGGCCCGGCCGACGCCUGAGGCCGCCGCGCCAGGCCCGCAGCCACGAGCACACGGUCUGCCGCCCGCGCUUUGGCGGGCGGCGCGCGCGGCAACCCUCUGACCGUCGGGGCGAGGUAUUCGAAUACGGGCGGGGGGCGGCGGGUCCUCAGCGCCUGGCUGCGCGCCGCUCGGAAGCCCGCAGUUUCCCGCCCGCGGGCGCGCCCCCCCCGUGGCCCAUCCCCGCUGCUCGGCUCGGUGGGGCUGUCUGGGUUCUCCCGCGCGUGCGCGCGGUGCGAUGUGGCUGUGCCGUGGUCGAGCCAUUCUUGGCAGCGAGGCUCCGCGGGGCACAGGAGCAGCAGGCGGCCGCGGAGGUCGCCGCGGAGGCGCGCGAGGCGGCUGGAGGGUUGCGCAAGAGGGCGAAGAAGCCGAAGAAGGCGGCCGUGCCGACGCGCGACGCCCUGGAGGCCAGGAAGCGGACGGCUAAACACGCGAAGGCUACGGCCGCCGCGGUGAUGCUGGUGAUCGCGGGGGUGAUCUCGGCGGGGUGGGUCUGGCUCAUGCAGUGAGCCGGCCGCCGCGCCGCCGCGGGCAAGGGGCGACCGGGGCCCAGACACGCCCGCGUCGUGAGGAAAAUCGCGACUGGCGGCUUCUAGCAGUCUUCGCCCUCGAUGGGCCCUCAGGCCGCCAAGAGACGG